ACAAUGAAUUCCAAUCAAAAUCCAUUAUUAUCAUCAUUUACAAGAUUCGAUUAUAUUCAAGUUGGUCUUACAUCAAGAAAUGCAAUGAAAUUGAUAAGAAAAUUAUCACCACAAUUAUUUGAAAUUGCUAUUGGUGAUCAUUCUGGAUCAUUACAUUAUUUUAGUAUUAAUAUGGAUAAAAAUCAAGCCAAUACAAUAUUUAAAACUUUACCCGGUCCAAAUGCUAAAAUCAAUUGUAUUGAUACCUAUUCUGGCCAUAAACAACUUGGAUCGACAAAAAUUCUUAUUGUUUAUGGUCCAUCAAUGAUAAAAGGAUUCAAUAAAAAAGGCAAACAAUUUUUUGGUCUUGAAUUAAAUAAUCUAACUGAACCGAUAAAAAUGUUUCAAAUGCAUCGACAACCGGAUGAAAUACAUGUAUUGGGACAAUAUAUUUAUAAUAGUUAUCUUGUUAAUACUGAAUUAGUUAGUAGUGGUACUGGAGAAAAAUCAUCAUCAAAUUCAUCAUAUAAUUCUGUUGUACGUUCAAGACAUUAUUAUGUUUGUCCAGCACAAAUAAACGAUUUUGUAUUGAUGAAAGAACGUUUUAAUCGAAGAAUUAUUCCAAUUUUAGCAUGUCAAGAUCGAUUAUUACGUAUUUUAAAAGAUUCACAAUGUAAUUUUGAAAUCGAAGUUUGUGGUAUACCAUCUGUUAUACAAUUAGUACCACAAUAUCUGGAUACACGUCAAAUUAAUAAUCAAUUAAAAAUGAAUGAAUUAAAUCGAAUGAAACCAAAAGAUAAUUAUGAUUUGAUUGAUGAUUAUGAUUAUGCUGAAGCAGAAAUGAUGGUCAAUAGUAGUAAUUUAUCAGUGAAAAAGACAAAAGAUAAUGAUAUCCAUUUAUGUUAUGGUACAAUGAAUGGUAAAAUAUCGUUAGUUACGUUUCAAUUUCAAGAUAAAGAUCAAUUAGAACCUAUUCAUCAUUGGGAAGUACCUGUCGAUGGUAUUCGACAACCAAUAACUUGUCUAUGUUUUUCCGAAAUUCAACCAGAUUUUUAUGUUGGACGUGCUGAUGGUACAAUAGAAAUAUGGCGAUUAAAUGAAACAAUUCAAGAUGGUGAUGUUGAACAACAAGUUGAUCUUACCGUUUCACCAACAAUGAUUGAUUCAUAUAAUUGUAGUGAAUCGAUUACAAAUCUAUUACCAAUAAUAGUUGGUCAACGUAAUGAUCUUCUAUUAUUAUGUACAACAUUCACUGGAAUGGUAUUUGGUCUAUUACAACAUGGCCAAACAAAACAAAUGAAACAAUUUAAUCCUAAUUAUCUUAUGAUUAGUAAAGAAAAUGCUGAUCGUAUACGAUCAUUACAGGAUGAAUGUAAACGUAUGGAAAAACAAUUAGAAAAUGAACGAAAAAAUUAUGCAAAAAAUACGGCUAUGGCAUCAUCAGCAAUAGCUAACACAAUAAAUGAUGAACCAACAAUCAAUGCAAAUGAUGGUAAUCUAUCCGUAUUACCAUUUUUUGCUAUCAAUGAUUCAUUUGUUCUUCAUAAUGAUGCAUCUUAUAUUCUAAUGUUAGAAGUUGAAGUUUCAAUUGAUGUUGUCGUAUUACAUUGUGAUUUACCAUUAGAUUUAAUUGAUUGUGAACGUAAUUCAGCUGUGAUUAGUUUUAAUGAUGAUCAAAUGAUAAAUGGUGUUAAUGAUUUUAAUAUUAUUAAUCCGAAUCAGGUAUUGGUUACAUUUCGUUGUCAAACAAAUACAAGUAGAUUGGAAAUAAGAUUACGACCAGUUGAAGGACAACAUGGUACCAUAUCGGUAUAUGUUAUAUCAAGAAUAACACCAAAAUCAUGUCAAACACGAUCAUAUCAAAUACAGCCAUUAUCAUUGCAUAAAAGACAAUAUUCAAAUACUAGUAUUGAUUAUCCAAAUCGAUUAUCGAUAACUGGUCAAUUUGGUUUAGCCGAUGCUCAUACAUGGUUACGUUUAUGUAUACCGGAAAUACCAGAAAAAUUAUCACGUACAUUAUCAGAUGUUGAAUCAGAAGUUUUUUACUAUAUAUCAACAAUGACUAAAUCAAUAUUGAUUUGUAAUUGUGGACAUGGUAUUAUCACAAUGACAUCGGAUAAUGUAUCAACAAUUUCUAUUCUUAAAGAUUUUAUUACAAGGGAAGCUACAAGACAAUCAAUUGAAAUAGAAAUCGAUGUUGAUCUAAUUGAUAAAAGUUUAGGAUCAAUGUUAAUUCGAUUAUAUCCAAACAUAGGGCAAUUGAUAAGAAAAAAACAUCGUGAAGAUUUAUUGGAAGCAAUUGCUGAUCUACAAUCAAGUGAUGCUGAUAUUGCUAGACAAUUAUUAAUCGAUUUAAAUCUAAAUUAUCAGGAUGGUGAUGAAGAAUCAAUAGAUAAUAAUAAUAUAAGUUUAUCAGAUAAUAGAAGACAAGAUGUAAUGAUAGGUUUGGAUCAAUAG